UCGUGCAGAGGCAUACAAGAUGCUGUCCGUUUUGUUAAUGGUCAGGACUCCUUGAAGAAGGAGUGAAGAUGCACUGAGAAUAAUUGUACUUGUGCUCUGCAUUGCAUCUUGCACAAAAGCCAAGCAUCGAACCAUGACCUCAUUACCCCGGACUUUCUUCGAGCGUGUCAUGACCGAAGAGCUCUCGGUCUGUUUCUCGACUCUCUUGCCAUCCUUUCGAUCGACAUUAACGAGAAGCAUAACUACUCAGUCAUGGUUCUCCAAGACGCAAUCAACAACAGCGAGCCCAAUGCAUACGGCGAGUUGCCGACACCAGAAGACGGCGAUGCAUCAUCGCAAACACCAACACGCUACCACAUCAAGCUCGACCAGCUGCCUCGGCCUGUGAACCUCUUCAUGGUGCCUGUGAAAGACGAUGCUAUAGUCAAGACAAUUCUUCGAAGCUGUCACGAAGCUCAAGCCAUCGUUCACCGCCCGUUGCGCCAGGACGAGGUAGACGCCAUCAGCUACCACUUUGCAAAAUCACUACGGACCGUCUCAUGGGGUCCACCUGUCGGUAUAGCUGGCGGUGCUCUCGCUGCCUAUCGCACAAUGAGCAACUACCGCUUCCCUGGCUACACUCCCAAGACUGCAGCCGAUGGCGGUGCUUUCAACCCUGACCGCUUUGGUCCUAUCCGUGGACAAAUGGCUCGUUACUGCUGGCACACUCUACGCUUCCAGCUAUACGGUGCUGUCGGUUUCUUCACUGGUGCGAUCCUAUUUGCAAGUUACGCGACAUCGGUCAAUGCCGUCGAGGCUGGCUCGGAUCCUCGUAUGAAGGACUACAUCGAGGCACUCAAGCAACGCGCAGAAAGACAUAGCGGCCAGAUGCAACCACAAGGCCAACGAAAUCCCAUCAUGAGCCAGGAAGGCCGCAUGGAUCAACAAGCACAGCGUGCAUCGCAGAAACUUGGUAUGGAGGAUGCUUGGAAGCGGCAGGAUGUGCAGCGCAAGGCUUCCGACUACGAUGACAUGAGCCCUACUGGAGGUGCAUGGCAGGAUGACUACAAGCAAGAAGCACAAGAUACUGGUCUUUUGACGGACGACCAGUUGAAUGCACGUGCUCGCAAGGAGCAGUCGAAUGCUGACCGUGCCGAACGUGCUGAAGAGUCACGAGUUGCUGCUUAUGCUCAAUCUCGUGUCGACCAGUCGCGACGAAACAACCACAACAGCACAGAAGACUCAUCACCUCUUGGUUCAUCUCAGGCUGUACCUGCUCCUCGCUCUUCAGGCAGUGCUUGGGAUCGUAUCAGACAGGAGACUGCUUCCUCGAAGGGCUCUCCCCGUCAGCCACCUACCAAUAACUCUCAGAUGAGGAACGAGCAGCAGGAGGGCUCUACGCUUGGCGACUCGUUCGCCUUUUCCGCCUCAGACGAGGAGAGACAACUUGCAAAGGUCGAAGCACAGAAGGAAUUUGACGCCAGAGUAGAAAAGGAACGUCAAGGCGGUGACUUUGCCGAGAAUGGUGGAAAGGGCGGAUGGAGAAGAUAGAUUACACGCCGACAUCUUCACACAACCUUGUAAAUACUUAUCACCUCUUUUGUACCAACAUAUUCGAGAACAUUUGCAUCCAUACAUCUCGAAGUUCAAGAGUCAAUCGUCAUGUGAUGAUUCAGCGUAUCACAAGGAAGUGGUUCUGACCUUUUGCAGUGCUUGGCUUGGUUGCUAUAACAUGCUUGGCUUGCAGUUUGUAUGCUGUCCGACAAAACACGGAGUCGUGACUUAUGCCUAUGAUAGAAGAACGAAAGGAAGCGAGAAAGAAACAUCAGCCAAGGAAAAAAGGUCCACGACACCUUCCAAGAAAACCCCCAUGAAUCGCGUCCUCUUCAUCUCUUUUUUUCCCAUGAUGACAGAAAUUAGACAGAUGGCGUGCUAGAAUGA